AUGCCACCACCGCAACUCUCCCCCGCAAUCCAAACCAUCUCCAACGUCCGUUUACACUCGCACAGUCCAAAUCCAACCACAUACGACCUCACCCUCUCCAACGAACAAACCGUCAGCUCCAUAGCUCCCCACCUUCAUACUACCACCUCCCCAAACAAAUCCCACCCGCCUCUCACCCUUCCAGCCCUAACUCACCCCCACAUCCACCUGGACAAAGCCUACAUCUACAACUCCACUCCCAUCCACCCCCAAACCGGCUCUUUCCAAGAAGCCCUCACCCUAACAACCCAAGCCAAAUCCACCUUCACCGAACCCGACCUCCACCGCCGUGGCGAAUGGCUCUUAUCCGAAUCCAUCCUCAACGGCGUCACAGCCCUGCGUGCCUUCAUCGAAAUCGACACUACCGUCCACCAUAAAUGCCUCACCACCGCAAUCCACCUCAAACACUCAUGGCGCAACCACUGCCACAUCCAACUCGUGGCCUUCGCCCAAGACCCUCUUUUCUCGGGCCCCCAGGCCCAAGAAAAUCGAGAUCUCAUGCACUCCGCCUUCACGGACCACGGAGACGAGAUCGACGUCAUCGGCGUCACGCCUUACGUGGAAGCUGAUCUCGAAACUGCAAAAAGAAACAUUCAAUGGGCCAUCACCACCGCUUGGCAAUUAGACAAACAUGUCGAUUUCCAUCUGGACUAUCAUCUCGAUCCGAAUAAGGGUCCGUUGGUUUGGUACGUGCUUGAUUGUUUACGGGCCGUGGGAUGGACGAAAUCCCGGACCAAGAAAAGGGUUAUGCUGGGUCAUUGUACCCGGUUUACCCUUUUUGGGGGAGAUGACUGGGAUCGAUUGAGAAAGGAAAUUGGGUCUGGUGACCUUGCUUUACCUGUUAGUUUUGUCGGUUUGCCGACUAGUGAUUUGUAUAUGGCUUCGCCUCCUCCCCCUUCUUCUUCUUCUUCUUCUUCUUCUUCUGGUUGUGGAUCUUGUUCUGAUCCGAAGGAGAAUGGUGGAGUGAGAGAUACAGUCCGUGGCACAUUAAAAGUACCCGAGCUGAUCAGACGAUACGGACUCGACGUCGUCCUUAGUGUUAACAAUGUAGGCAACGCAUUCACACCCUGGGGAUCCGUUGAUCCGGUAGCAUUAGCUUGUUUGGGUGUUGGUGUUUAUCAAGCUGGGACAGUGGAAGAUGCGGAGUUGUUGUAUGAGUGUGUCUCGACGCGUGCUAGGGCUGCUAUUGGGUUAGAGGAGGAAACUGGGGCCCAGGAGGAGUGUGGCGGAGGUUGUUUGGGAUCCGCCGAGUAG